UUUUGAAACUGUUUUAGUCCUAUUUCGGGAAUUUUCCCUUUUGAAAAAUCUUAUACUUUUAAUAGAAUCAAAUGUGUUCUAUUUUAGAAAUAAAAUAUAGUUCAAUCUCUUUCGUGCAUUUUGUUUGAAGCAAUUUCUUUAAAAAAAUAUCCUAGAUGAAGGUAAAAAUAAUGUGACAUUCUUAAAUAGGAGUACCAUAUUUCUCUCUUAAUAUUUACAGAGUAUAAUACUAUCAUGAUCGAAAAAUAUUACUAUAUAUAUGAUGCUAACAUAUGACAAUACAUUUUCUAUCUAAUAAAUCCCUACGUAUGCAUCCCUACAUUCUUUAUCCAAAAUUGCAAUCAACUACUCACAAAGAUUUGGACAAUUGGACGUAAAUUCCUAUUACAAAUUGUUCAACAGUUGUAGUACCAACUGUUUGAACAACUAGAUUAUGGAAGUUUUUUUCACGAUAAGCAUCUACAUACGAUUAUUUGACCAUUAUUUUAUGUUUUUUAUGUUUUUACUUGGAUUGUAAUUUGCUAGUAUGAUCUUGUCUGAUUAAGUCUGAUCUGGUUUGGUAUGUUUAAGUCUGGUCUAGUCUGGUCUGGUAAACGUCGACCUCUACGUAUUUUAUAAAUAUGGAAGUCAAGUCUGGUCUGGUUUGAUUGGUUUAAGUCUGGUCUUGUCUAGUUUGGUGUGGUCUAGUCUGUUUAAGUCUGAUAUAGUCUGGUCUGGUCUGGUCUAAUCUGGUAUGGGACUAAAACAGUUCAAGAAAAAAUAUUCUAAGUGUUAAAUUUGCGUUCUCAAAAUAUAAUAUGGUAAUUAUGUUAGAGUACUCUCAGGUAUGUGAUAUUAACAGAGAAAGAUGAAAAAUAAUCAAGAAAAUACCUCCAACUUCAUUAAUGGUGGAAACCAAUACAACAAAGCCCCAAGAAAGAGAUGAUGAGUCUUAAUCUCCCAAUCCCAAAUACAACUGUCUAACAGCCUGCCCAACUAUUUCACAGACUAGUUAUUUAUACUAUCAUAGCUAAUAACCGACAGAUAUCUAAUUACAGAAAGUGUGAGCUCAUUAUUUGUUAUUCUUAUUAUUCUUUCCCUUUCCAAAAUAAACUCUCCCAAAGUACUUAUCAACUUUAUUAUUUACAGAAGUACCUCUAACAAUACUCCGCGCUGAAAAUCCACCUUGUCCCCAAGGUGGAAUUAUGGAAAUUGUUCUUGGAUUACUUGGACAGUUUCCCAUGAAUCUUCAAAAUCAGGGAGAUUCUUUCAAUGAAUCGACACUUCCCUUUUUCCUUCAUUAUUGAUUCUCGUAUCCUUCACUUCCUCUGGGAGCACAUGCAGUUCCUACUCCUCAUCAAGGCAUUUAGGGAGAUCUUGGUAAAAAGUAGUAGGAGUCAACACUUUUUUAAGUACGGAUAUGUGAAAUAUAAGAUGUAUUUUACUGUCCUCUGGCAAUUUGAGCUUAAAAGCCACAUGAUUUAUCCUUUCUAUAAUCUCAUAAGGACCAUAAAAUCUGGGAGGGACUCAUCUUCUGAUUCACUCUCUUGGCUAGGCUUUUCAUUUUGUACGACUGUAACUUCAGAAAAACCUUGUCUCCUACUUCCAAUGUCACUUCCCUCCUGUGUUUGAUGGAGGAGGCUCCUGUCCAUACAAUGCUUGAAACGGUGUAUUCUUCAAGGAUAUAUGGUAGUUUGUGUUAUAUCAGAAUUCAGCCCAUGGUAGCCACUUCACCCAUUGUUUAGGCUUCCUUCCAGUAAUGCACCUGAGGUAGGUUUCUAAACACCUAUUAACAACUUCAGUCUAUCCAUCACUCUGUGCGUGAUAAGCCAUACUGUAUUUCAGUUGUGUUCCUCGUAACUUGAAUAAUUCAUACCAAAAGGAGCUUAAGAAUAAACUGUCCCUGUCACUUACAAUCGAUUUGGGGAACCCAUGUAGUUUUACUACCUCCUGAAUGAAUACUUCUGCCAUCCCCUUAGCAUUAAAAGGAUGAGCUAAUGAUAGGGAAUGGGCAAACUUGGUCAAUCUGUCCACAACCACCAGAAUAGUGUCCUUACCCUGGGAUUUGGGUAAUCGUCUAAUAAAAUCCAUACUCAUAUCAGCCCAAAUCUGACUGGGAAUUGGUAAUGGCUGUAAUAAUCCAUCAAAUUUAAGGGUUUGAUACUUAUUCCUCUGGCAUACAACACAUCCUUGAACAUAUUUCUUGAUGUCUGAUCUCAUCCCUGACCAAUAGAACAUAUUGGAUAUCCUCUUCAUUGUUCUGAAAUUGCCAGAAUGUCCUCCAAUAGAUGAGUCAUGGUACUCCUUAAGGAUUGUAUCAAUCCUUUUGGACCUUUUUGGUAACAUCAACCUUCCCUUGAAAUAUAAUAAUCCCUUCCUGACCUUAUAAUCAGGAAACUUGUCUGGCUGCAUUAGAACCUUCUGAAUUACCUCACCAAUUUUGGAAUCCCUUUCCAAUUCCUCCUUCAGUCCUUCCCAUUCUUGACAGGUUACUAUAGACAAUGAUUGAAAUUCGGGAUUUCUUGAGAGGGCAUCUGCAGCUUUAUUCUCAAUCCCGGGUUUGUAUUUGAUUGUAAAGUUGUACCUCAGUAGCUUUGCUAUCCAUUUUUGCUGUUCUUCCCCCAUAAUCUUUUGUUUAGUGAGGUAUUUCAGACUCCUCUUGUCAAUAUGAACUUCAAAUCUCCUCCCUAAUAUAUAUGGUCUCCAUUUUUGAAUGGCCAACACAAUAGCCACAAGUUCCUUCUCAUAUACCGAUUUCUUUUGAUUCUUAACUGACAAUUCCUUGCUCAUAUAAGCUAUUGGUCUCCCAUCUUGCAUUAAAACAACCCCCAAUCCCUUUCCAGAAGCAUCAAUUUCCAGAAUAAACAUCUUAUUAAAAUCUGGAUUGAUUAGCACUCGUAAGGUAGUCAUUGCCUUCUUGAGCAUCUCAAAUGCUUUACUGGCCUUAUGAUCCCAAUGGAAACUGUCUUUCUUCAAAAGUUGUGUAAGAGGGGUUGUUAUACCACUGUAUCCUCUUACAAACCUUCUAUAAUACCCAGUGAGACCCAAUAAUCCUCUCAGACCUUUCAGAUCUUUAGGUUCAGCCCAUUUCACCAUUGCCUCUAUCUUGUUAGGAUAGACUGAUACUCCAUUUUCAGAAAUGACGUGGCCCAAGUAAGUUAGUUGAUUCUGCCCAAAAGAACACUUCUUCAAAUUGGCUACUAACUGAUUUUACUUCAAUACUUGUAAUACUUUCCUCAAAUGCUCCAUGUGCUCUUCUUUAGAUUUACUAUAAAUCAAUAUAUUAUCAAAGAACACUAAGGAAAAUUUCCUUUAAAAAGGUCUCAGAACUUCAUUCAUCAAGGCUUGAAAGGUUGAGGGAGUUCUAAAGGCAGUCUUAUGAGUAUCACUCUCCUUCAUUCUAAUCUGGUGAUAAUCAGAUUUUAAGUCCAUCUUAGAAAACAAUUUAGAUCCUCCUAAUUCGUCCAAAAGUUCUUUAAUAACUGGGAUGAGAAACUUGUCAGAGGUUGUUAUUUUAUUUAAAGCUCUGUAGUCUCCACAAAACCUCCAGUCACCAUCUUUUUUCUUGGCUAUAGGAACUAUUGUUGUGUUUUAUUAUUCCUGAACUGAGCAUUUCUUGUAUGAUUUUCUCAAUCUCAAUUUUCUGGUCAUAUAUAAGAAUACUGUAAGGUCUAAUAUUAGGGAUGCAGGCUCCUUCCAUGAUAUUAAUGGCAUGAUCACAAGAUCUGACAGGUGAUGGAUCCAGUUGAGAUUUGAAAACUUCAGGAAAUUCUUUCACAAUUUUCUCCCAAGCAUCAUUUUGUACCUUGCUUGGGUUUUGCUCAGUUUCUUGACCUCCACAAUACAACAAAUAUCCAUCUCCUGGUUGUUAUAAAAUGUGUGUCAUAGUUUUCAAUGAAACUUCCAUAUUAUUCAAGGAAGCAUCUCCUUGUAUAAUAUAAUUCUGCUCCCGCCCCUUCCAUUUAAUAGUUUGGUUUUGAAAGUUCACCUCCAUAUCCUCUAAACCAGUUAGCCAGUCCAUUCCUAGUACCAUAUUUGUCCCCUAGCUCCAGAAUAUAGUAUCACUACUUCUUGCACCCUUAACUUCAUUCCUUCACACUUAUCACUUUUAGGGAUAUAUUCUUCGCAACCAAUUUGGUAUAUAUCCUUUAAUAGUGGUGAAAGGAAUCUGCCAUUUGUUCACCAACUCUUGAGCUAUGAAACUGUGGGUAGCACCACUAUCAAUGAGGACAUUAAGUUGUUCUCAUCAUUAGAUCAUCUCAUCUUGCUCCUUGAGUUUAUGGGCCCGUAGCUCGUGUCCUGGCCCCUCGCUGAUGAGCUCGGGUAGCUAGCCCGCAGCCCAUCAGAAGUAACCCCGGGACUCCCCGCGGAAGGCUGUCCCGCUACGUUCAGCUCAGAUAGUUACUUGGGGGCACGGCUACCUUAAAACAUUACUUAUCAUUCCUUGUAUAUCAUUAUCCUCAUAUCUUCAUUUCAUCGUUGGUUCUAUAUGAACCCUAACCAAAAUCAAACAUAGAACAUGAAUAUCUUACAUUUAAUCAUUCAAUAGUUUUCAUUACCAUCAUAACUUUCUUUUCAUUUUCAUUCCACAUGAGCACAGCCUUAAACAUAUAUUUUGAACACUUUACAUCACAUAAAUAAAUGGCUCCACAAUUAAGACCAUCCGUCCAUACACAUACAACUUGGAGUUCACAUAAUCUCAUGUCAUACAAUUUCAAGUAUUCAAGCAAGUGUAUCAAUUCAUCAUUAGCUAGACUUCCAUACUUUAUUUAGAACUAUCAUGUAUAGGUGGUGGUGACUUACCUGGUUCAUGCGGAGUAUUUAUCCUUGUAUGUGCGUGUACGACGUCCACGAGCAACGAUUCUUCGAUGAGCAACUAUAUUAUAAAUACAAAAUUUUACGCUUGAUCAAACUUAAAUUCAUGUCUUUAGAAAAAUCCUUAGACUUAAAUAUGAGGGGAAAGUUUACAAAUCAUCCCCUACUAGUGAGAAAACUCCCAAAUUCCUACAACAAAUCGGGCAUAACUUCGGGGUAGCUAGAUAACUGAAAAUCGAUGGAGUUUCAUGAAUCAAGAAUCAUCAACAACUAAUUAAUUACUAUAAUAUAAAGAAACCCCUAUGUAUUUAAUGAUCCUUGAUGAAGAAACACA